AUGAAUCCUGAGACUCCUGUUUCAAGUGAAAUGCCACUUGAUGCCCUCAAAAUGUGGCCUAAAAUGAUUCAAGCUGUUAAAUCUGAUAUGGACAAAGAUCACGCCAUGGACUUUUGCAAUCUAUUAGAUAGGACGCUCGACGAACUUACGCAUAUACACUCCGUAGUCGAAAGGCGUACACAAAUGGAGGAGUUGCAACAGCAGGCAUCCGGAACGACUGAGGAUGGAAGUGGUGCGGCGAAAAAUGACGAGGGUCGUAAAAGAGCUCGAAUGAAAUUCACUCCAAAGCGACAGGAGACACCAAGACCCUAA